UGUUCCAGCCUGUGCUUCAGCUGGGACAAAGAUCAUGUUCUGGAUGAUCUGGUGUCUGAUCCAGGGAUGACUGGACUACAAGCAUUACUGCACCUGUCUCUUCAGCCUCUGUUAGUAUCGUUGUUCUUACUACCACCAACAAACCUCAAACUCCAGUCUCAAAAUUUUCAGCACAUCCUGACCUGGAAUGAACCAAAUGAUGGACCUCUUAUCUACUAUGAUGUCUUCUACUCGACUCAAUUCAAUCAUAGCCCUUUUGUUCGAGCUAAAAAGUGCACUAAUAUCACGACACAACGCUGUGACCUGACAAAGGAUUUCACGGACAUUUUAGAAGAGUACGUCACAGGAGUUCAAAGUUUUACUCACUAUGAAAGAACAAACUUAACAAUCUUACCAAAGCCCCUAAAUCCACUAAUGGACACUGAGGUGGGUCCUCCCAUAGUGGACAUCGCAGCAUGUGACAAAUGUGUGGAACUUUCCAUCCACCCCCCAAUCUCUUACUUAUGGAAUGAGAAGGAGCAGCGUAAUGUUACAAUGCUGUCAAAGGAUGUUUUUAAUAAAAUGGAUUAUGUGGUUCACAUGGUACCGUCUACGGAUGCACCUAUAAUACUAAGAAAUAUUGUAAAAGAUCUUUAUACCACAGAGAUAUCAAAUUUGCUUCCCAAUACCAACUAUUGUGUGUCAGUGGACAUCACCGAAAUCAUGAACAGGAAACAAGUGGUGUCCCCCAUGAAGUGCGUUGUUACGAAAGGAGCACAAAGGAAAGGUGAUGCAGAUGUCUAUUACAUUAGUGUAGCCGCUGCCGUUCUUGCCAUUGGAUUGCUUUUGGUUUUAUGCACACUUGAUAAAGCUGGAUAUAUCAGCAAGAAAAAGAUGUUAACACCGAAUGCUUUGAAAUCCCUUCCAAAUGCAAAUAAUUUACUAAGUGGAAAUAAGGAAAUCAUACCCCUAGAGACUCUAAUCCUCACAGAGACAGCAAGGAACAUUGAAGUGGAGGAAGGUCCCAUACUGAGAGCAGGAGUCCAAGAUAAUGCUUCAUAUAUUGCAAAUAUUCCAGCAUUCAGAUUUAUGGAGCAACACAUGAGGAAUAAAGACUCCUUCAUAGACGAGGAACUUUCCAAGGAUAAUUCAUCACUGUCUAUUGCUAGUCUGCAGCUCCAAGGAUUCAAUAUUUCUGAAGAAGCAAGAGAUCAAGCAGAACUCUUCUUAUCAAUAGUGAAUGUUACUGAGGGACCUCCAGUAGUGGGUGCUAUGUCCAGUAUAACCAUUGAUUGCGAUGAUAUAAACAAAGCUUCAAAUCUGUUCACGGGAGAAAAAAAAAUCGAUAUCAAUACUAUAUCAGUAGCAGUUCCUGAAGACCUCUGGAGUAGUUGUAGAACAGCAGAAUCUUCCAGGCUAGAGACAGAACUUCGGCCCACGUGUGAAGACCCUGUGGGCACACUUCAUUUUCGACUUUUCUCCAAUGUAUUGGUUCUGGAUGAACUCCAAAUGUCCAGUCUGGAGGAUGUGAUGAAGGUAGAGGACCUGCCAUGUGAGGAUGAUGAACAAUGUCCCUCGGAUUAUAUCAAGAGGUGAUGCCAGUUUUUAGGAUAAAUAUACCAAAGAAAUUAUCUGGGCUCCACUGCUAGUAAGAUGAGGGUUUUGAUGGCCCCAUUAAAGAAGCACUCCAGGUUUAUUUUUGCCCAUA